AUGGUCGGGGGUGAUAUCGAGCUGAAGCUGGAGCCCGGCAAACCCCCGAAGCUGCAGAGGAAGGCCAGUCAGAAAGUCGAACGGCGGCUUCCACCCCUGUUCUUCGACUACGAAAACAAGACUGCGGAAGCGACUUCGGCAUUCACCGUGCUGUCCGAGUGCGUCUAUGCGAAUAAAUAUCUCGGCACCACCGAACAUGCCUUGGAGUGCGACUGUGCGGAGGAGUGGGAUUCCGCCACCCGAACGAAUCAUGCCUGCGGCGAUGACUCGGACUGCAUCAACCGCGCCACCAAAAUGGAGUGCGUUGGCGACUGCUCCUGCGGCACCACCUGCCAAAAUCGCCGCUUUCAGCAAAAGCAAUACGCCGAUGUGUCAGUCAUCAAAACGGACAAGAAGGGCUAUGGGUUGCGAGCGGAGAACGACCUCCAGGCCAACGAGUUCAUAUUCGAGUACAUUGGUGAGGUGAUUGGAGAAAAUGCCUUCCGCAAGCGCAUGCAGCAGUACGAUGAGGAGGGCAUCAAGCACUUUUACUUCAUGUCUCUCACCAAAGGCGAGUUUGUGGAUGCGACCAAGAAGGGGAAUCUGGGCCGAUUCUGCAAUCAUUCCUGCAAUCCCAAUUGCUACGUCGACAAAUGGGUGGUGGGCGACAGGCUGCGCAUGGGCAUUUUCGCCGAGCGCAAGGUCCAAGCUGGCGAGGAGUUGACCUUCAACUACAACGUCGAUCGAUACGGCGCGGAGCCCCAACCCUGCUAUUGCGGCGAGCCGAACUGCACGGGCUACAUCGGUGGCAAGACGCAGACGGAGCGUGCAACCAAGCUGUCGAAUGCAAUCAUCGAAGCGCUUGGUAUCGACGAUGCCGAUGCUUGGGAUACUGCCGUGGCGAAGCGACCGCGCAAGAAGAAGACGGGUGAGGAUGACGAGGAGUACGUCAACAACGUCGAGCCUAGAGGCCUGGACGAAGAUGGCGUCAACAAAGUCAUGUCCUCACUCAUGCAGUGCAAGGAAAAAUGGAUUGCGGUCAAGCUGCUUACCCGGAUCCAGCGCGCCGACGACGAGAAGGUGCGCAAUCGGGUGGUGCGCUUCCACGGAUACCGCAUUCUCAAGACCGUGCUGUCCAACUUCAUCGAGGAUGUCAAUGUCUGUCUUCAGGUGCUGGAUGUGCUCGACAAGAUGCCUCGUCUUACUCGCAACAAGAUCCAGGACUCGAAGAUCGAGGAGACCGUGGAGCCAUUGGCGAACAACGCCGACGAGAGAGUCGCGGCUCAGGCCAAGGCCCUGCUGGAGUCAUGGAGCAAGCUGGAGAUCGGCUAUCGGAUCCCUCGCAUGAAGCGAGACCCCAACGCCGCGGCAAAUGAUCGAAAGGUCGAUAGAGUGGACAGGCGCGAUGGUGAGAGGCGGAGGUCACGCUCACGAUCCAAGUCCAAGUCGCCAGAGCGGGUAUUCGCUCCUACAGGGCCUCGGAGCAAUGCGCCUCAGCGAGGUGCAGGGUACUUUGCCGGCCCACGCCCAUCGGGACGUUUCAGACCGCCACCUCCUACCGGUGCUCUCCCGCAUGGAUGGUUUGAAGCCACUGCCGCCAACGGCUCCAUCUACUACUAUAACCACGGCGGAGCAACAACAUGGCAAAGACCGACGGUUCCUGCUGCCAACGCGCCUCCACCGCCACCUCCCAAGGCCGUCUCUGACCAACAAAUGAUUCAAGAUCUCAUCAAAAACAUCGUCUCCACGGUAAAGGAGCCCACAAAGCCCGCUGCCUCUACCGGCGCCACGCCAACCGCGACCCCCAAAAAGGAACGUAAAGAAGACAAAUGGCGAUCUUUGCCCGAGGAGAAGCAGAAGAAAAUUUACGAGUCCUCCUUACAGCCGCACAUCAUGCACGUGGUAGGCAAGUACAAGCACAAACUCGCCAAAGACGACCUCAAGCGGUGGGCGAAGGAGUUUGCGAAGAAGAUGGUCGAGUCGGACUUCAGGAAGGGCAGGGUUGAGGAUCCUUCGAAGAUCAGCGACAAGCAGGCGAAGAGUGUGAAGAAGCAUGCGCAAGACUUUUUCGAGAAGGCGGUACGGAAGAAGGAGGAGGCGGAAAAGAAGCGUGGGGUGAAGAAGACGCAUGCUGCUGGGGGAGAAAGUCAUACUCCAACGGGUUCGCCUCCUGCCACGGCUGGAAGUCCGAUGGACAAGGACGGUGAUGACGACGUAGCCGAGCUUUCUGACAACGAGGGCGAAGACGAUGUCGAAGCCACGCCGGCAGAUGAUUCAGUCGACAGUCUCGCUGCGCUGAAACGGAGGCGAGACGAUCCCACGGCUGAAGAGGAAGACUCGGCGUUGAAGAAGCUGCGGCUAGAUGGCGAAGCGGAUUCCCUCGCGCCGCCACCACCGCCGCCUCCCCCUCCCCCUCCUACCGAAUGGGCCAAUGGCGAAGCAAUGGACACCGAUCCAGGUGCAGAGAUGAGCACAGCCCAGGACGUCUCGGGCUCCUUUACCCACGAGGCCAUCACCGCCGUGCACGCUGCGACAUUCGGUCCGUCCGAUGCCAAUGGCCACCGAGCGGACGAGAGCUUGUCAGUCCACGGACUGCCGUCACGUGCAUCUGGAGGCGCUGAUUUCCUCAAAGCGGAGACUUUUCAAACUGCCACGCCGCCGACGACGGGCUCCCCGGAUCAAGAAGAGGCUGAGAAGUUGGCGUGGGCGCGGGAGUCCGAGGGGGCGAAAGCCGAUGCGAUGCAAGCGACGGAAGGUGCGGGCCAGUAA